AUGGAGUUAGUAGGUAUUUUAGUGUACCUGUUUACAAAUUUUAUAAAAAUUAAAAUUGACAUGCUUCGUAAGUAUGUAUUGACUUAUUUAUAAAUAUUAUAAAAGUGGCCUGAUUAUUUAAUAUCUAAAUGAAUAAUAACAUUGAGGUUUCGAUUUAUUAUUGUUAUUUGCGUGAAUAUCAGGGAAUGGAGUUCAAGAGAAAUACCGUUACAAGCGUAUAUUAUAAAAGGAGGGACUAAAACUUGCGAGUCAGUUUGAAAGAAUGGACGGUAUAAAAUCACUAAGCCAACGAUGUUUGUUUACAUUUUUAAUUAUAACUUGCAUCUUCUUGCAAAUCUCUAGUUUAAAUCAUGAUCGAAAAGGGAAGGAUGCGUUUGAUCCUAGUUUAGAAAUACCUAUCACAGAAGUUGAAAGCAGCAAUGCAUCUGACUCGAUAGUUAUUAAAGCUGUUGAUAUUCCUGAGGAAUUAGUUACAUACGAAGGUUCUCAAGUAUGGAGAGUAGUAGAGGGUACCGAAGACAAAAAGGAAUAUGUAUCUUAUCUGCAAGAGACUGGAGAGGUUUCCACGUGGAUGGGCAAUGGAAGUGCUGUAGACGUUUUAGUGAGACCUAACAUGAUAUCUCAAGUGUCUCGCUUCUUGAGAGAGAGGCAUAUAAAUUUUGAUGUCAUUAUUCCUGAUGUUCAACAAGCCAUUGAUCAGGAAAAUCCACCUUUACCCCCUGAACUCAUAGACGAAUUAGAAGGUCGAGCAGGACAUCGAAUGGAAUGGACCACCUACCAUCGACUUGAAGAUAUUCAUGGAUACCUUGACUAUCUUGCUCAGACAUUCCCUCAGAUUUGUUCUGUCAUGUCGAUCGGUACUUCUGUAGAAGGAAGAUCGUUGAAGGUUAUUCGUAUAACCAACAAUAAGCCAGGAACACCUGCAAUUUGGAUUGAUGGUGGAAUACAUGCACGUGAAUGGAUUUCGCCCGCUUCAGUAACUUACAUAAUUAAUUAUCUUGUAGAAAAUAGUGAAACACUUGAAGCUGAAUAUUACAUCCUUCCAGUUGUCAAUCCUGACGGAUAUGAGUACACAUUCAGAGGCGAUAGAUUAUGGCGAAAGAAUAGAAAUAAUCCCGAAAAAGGAGGUGUUUGCAUUGGAGUUGAUCUAAACAGAAAUUAUGGUUACCGUUGGGGUGGUCUUGGAACAAGUAAGCAGCCGUGCAGAGAAAUUUUUGCCGGAACUGGGCCGUUUUCAGAGCCAGAAACUAAUGCUAUUAAAAACUUCUUUGAAGCGAGUGCUGCAAAUUUCAAGGCAUUUUUAUCGUUUCACAGUUAUGGUCAAUAUAUUUUGUAUCCUUGGGGAUAUGACCGUCGAGUACCUCCGGAUUAUUCUGAUCUCGAUAGAGUUGGACAAAAAGCAGCACUUGCAAUGAAAGCUGUUGGAGGAAAUGAUUAUACAGUUGGAAAUAGUGCUUCAACUCUUUAUGCUGCUGCUGGUGGUUCUGAUGAUUGGGCAAAGGCCAUUCAUAAAAUCAAAUAUACCUAUACAAUAGAAUUGCAAGACAGAGGAAGAUAUGGAUUUGUUUUACCUGCACGUUACAUUGUUCCAACCGCAAAAGAAGCACUGGAGGCUGUGAAAGUAAUUACCGAGGCAUCUAUUAAGGAAUAAUCUAUUUGUAAAUAUAUUGUAUUGUGUAUAAAAAGAAUUAAUUAAAUAAUUAGCAAAAAUGUU